GCCGUCCAACAACAACAACUAGCAGCUGCUGUUGCUGCUCAGCAACAACAGCAGCAGCAGCAGCAGCAACAACAACAACAGCAACAACAACAACAACAGUUUGACGCCACAGCCGCUAUGCAGCAACAAUACGCAGCUCAAGCGGCCGCGGUUGCUGCUGUCCAUCAGCAUCAAUAUGCUGCUUAUCAGCAACAACAGCAACCGCAAUAGCAUUCAUUCUCUGAUAAUUCUUUUGCUUAGCAUUUUUAUUCUCAUACUUCUCAACUGGUAA